GCGCCUUGUAUUCAGAUUUCUUCCCCUCCUUUGCCCUUCACAGAUCUAGAGCUCUCUCGUUUGAGAAGAGAUGAAGGUGAUUGCAGCGUAUUUGCUAGCUUUGUUGGGGGGGAACACCUCUCCUUCAGCAGAGGAUUUGAAGGAUAUACUUGGCUCCGUUGGAGCUGAAGCUGACGAUGACAGACUUGAGCUUCUUUUGUCACAAGUCAAAGGCAAGGACAUAACAGAGCUUAUUGCGGCUGGACGAGAGAAGUUGGCAUCAGUACCUUCUGGUGGUGGUGGUGGUGCUAUUGCAGUAGCUGCAACUGCUGGUGGUGGUGCCGCCGCUGCUGCUCCAGCUGCAGCUGAGCCCAAAAAAGAGGAGAAAGUGGAAGAGAAAGAGGAGUCUGAUGAUGACAUGGGCUUCAGUCUCUUCGAUUAAGGGGGUUUGGAGGCCUCAUUCCAUGUAUGAAAUGUUCUUCCCCUUGGCUCAUGAUAGGUGCUCAAGUUUUUUGUUCUCAAGCGAGAGUGUUUUUUUUUUUUUUGGUUUUAUUUGGUAGAAGAAACCUGUGACAAUCACUGCAGUGAACUCCAUGAUGUUGGAUUUGAGUUUUGAUCAAGACAUUUGAUGGAUUCUGUGUAAUGGGCUAAUACACAUGGUUCUGUUCUGUCAUGAAUUAUUUGUUGAAUUGGAGAGCGUUGAGUUAUAGUUUUUGGCCCUAUGUGGUAUCCUAGUAUUGCUCUUGCUGCGUUCAAGUGACAAAAUAACCUUGCAUAGUUGGCUGGUUG